GUUGACAGCCACUAGAACUAGGGCAGCUGCCGCUGACCCUGCGAUCAAGCCCCCACUUUGGACCUUUCACCGCUUUUUACCGCAGCCAAAAUGAGACUUCUAAACACACAAACCCUCCAGCUAGAGUACUUUGCCACAGAGCACAAACCCGAAUAUGCUAUUCUCUCCCACACCUGGGGCUCUGAAGAGGUCCUUUUCGAGGAUGCUCGAAACGGCAAGGGCAGCCUGCAUGAGUGCAAAAAGAGCGGGCUGGAAAAGGUGCUGAAGAGCGCAGAGGUAGCGGCGCAGAAUGGCUACCAGUACAUCUGGAUUGAUACGUGCUGCAUCGAUAAAUCAAGCAGCGCUGAGCUCUCCGAGGCCAUAAAUUCCAUGUUCGCUUGGUAUCAGCUCUCAGCAGUCUGCUACGCCUUCCUGUCCGACUACAAGGCAUGCGACGGCAAGUUGUCGGAGAGUCGGUGGUUCACCAGGGGCUGGACCCUCCAGGAACUCAUCGCCCCUUCCGAGGUCCAUUUCUACGACCUGGGCUGGACCCGUUUCGGUGACCGCCGUUCGUUCUCGUCACAAAUCGCAGUCAUCACGGGAAUAGACGAGGUGCUAUUGCGCAGAAAAUCCUCCUGUUCUUUCCACCAAGUCGUGUCAGGCGGAUCCAAGCGGGGGUGCAAAAAUUGCUCACACGAAGCGAUGGCCCUGACCAGGAGGUCGCUCAACACGUGCUCAAUCAGCACGAGGAUGUCAUGGGCUGCACACCGAGAAACGGCACGGGUCGAGGACAUCGCCUACUGUCUUCUGGGGCUAUUCGAUGUGGCCAUGCCGCUUCUGUAUGGGGAGGGCCUCGAGGCGUUUCGCCGCCUGCAGGAGGAGAUCGUGCGUCAUUCAAACGAUCAGACCUUCCUUGCUUGGCAGCACCGCAAGAGAGAGGGCUCCCGCAAGGAUGCCAUUUUUGCGGCACAUCCAGCUUGUUUCUCAGACGGCCAGCGCUUCCGCGCGGUCCCGUCGCUCCUUUCAGAGUUCACAACGACGGUACAGAACGGCGGCGUCGAGCUCGAAAUCUACUUAGCACCGUGCACUGUCAAGCCCCUGUUCGGCGACUGUCAAUACGUAUGGCUUGCAGUCCUUAAUUGCAGCGAGGUAGAGGAUGAUUUCUGUUGUGUAUCCAUCCUCCUAGAGGAGACAAAUGCGGCGCCCAGGUCAGCGGCGCCAAGGUCCUUUCGGCGCCUAGGGAGUGCGGGCGACCAUUGCUUCCCGCCCAUUCUCGUCAGCCCUAGUGUCGGUGUUUAUACUACCGUACUCAAAGACAUCUCCGCUCCAUUUCAAAUAGAAUCCGAGUUGUCAGAGAUGGUGAGAUCCAGAAUCCUUCUGCACGAAACAAAAGACGGAUGGUCCACCAGCGGUCCAAUCGACCGCCGCGUCUGUUUUACCUUUCCGGGAGGGCUGAUGCCAGGAUACUACGUUCGCAGGCAAGUCCCGGACCCAAUCGCACCAACAUGGGAAAAUACGGGCCUUCCUAGGCCAUAUCCUAUAUCCGGGCGCACCACACCUUCUGGCGGCGGAAAGGGGCCACCGCCGUACGUAUACGGAGCGGCAGGCAUUUCAGACGGAAAAUGCGAGUUCUCCGUCAUCUGGGGCACUUUCCGGGGCACAAGACGCAAGUCCGACUGGCCCGCGCUGAACAUUGCAGACGACGAGAACGAGGCCCCGUUCUGCAAAGUCUGCCAGAAUCUCGACGGGAUGGCCCAGGAGGCCGAUGGGCUCGACACUACGGAUUGGCUAGUGAGGGUCCUUGAGAUGGUCAGGCUACAGGACGAGCGUAAUGCCUCCCCCGCUAUGGUCGACUUCCAGCCGCUUGGGGGAUUUAGCUCUCUGACAUGGAUAACCGACAGUGGAUCUUCAGUUUGGAUCGAAGCAGCUAUCAAGGUCAAUGAGUUCCUCGGCCGGAAGAGGUUCGAUAUCGAGGUUACGAUGAAGGAAGUUGGAUUUGAUCAUAAGAUGUCUUGAUUAUUAUACCUAGGAUAAACAUGAGCCUAACAUCCUGCCCAGUAGCCUAGUCGCCAACUUUCCUGUAUUGAUUUCGAAAAGAAGUUCAAAGAGACCCGCCGGGAGUAGCUUCCUCCUUGCAAGUGUCAAAUGACAGUGCUCAGCUGUGCAUAUCAGUGGCUGUGGCCUAAGAAAUCCCGACACAUGGGAAUUGACCCUUCAACCGCUCUUCUCGUGAGAAAACAAGUUCCACAGCCAAAGAACAUCUCCUAUCUGACACUGACCAGGAUUUACAUAUCAUAAACCUAGCCACAGAAACAUCCCUAGAAAUUGCUGAGCAAUUGUGAGCCAAGAUAGCCCUUGCCCCUUUAGCAAGCGGAUCUUUGCAUUAUCCUGUAGCGUGUAUCGUGCCUUUCUUGGAGUAGGCUUGUAGUUCGCCA